GUAGUCAAAGAAUUGAUUCCAGCCUGUAAGUCAAUUACCCCUAAAAACAAAUCAUCUGCUAGGAUAUUACCAAUAAAAUCGCCUAUAAUGAACAAACAAGUUCUGGCUUCUGAGAAUACAGAGACAGAGUGUCAAAAAAUUCCUUAUAAUCAAAAAGUGGAAAAAGAUUUAAGAUGA